AUGCCCAUAGCGGGCACUGCUCCCACGCAUGAUGCCUAUUCUACGCAGCCUACCAGCCAUGCGUUCAUGACGCGGGUGUCUCAGUCACCGUUCCAAUCUCCCUUGGAUCCGCCCAAGCUUCCCGAGGCCUCUCUGACACCGCAUGCAUGGUGGAGCCGUGGGCAGCUGGGUUUGAACAGGGGGUAUCUGCCUGCGGAUUACACCGUCUAUUCAGAGCCCAUCUCGCCGUGGGGCAGUGCCAUUUCUACGAUAUCAGACCCUCCGAGCCCCCAUAGCAGUCACAGCAGCAGUGUUUCCGGUAUGACCUGCAUUUCCUCUCCUCUAUUCCAGCAUGAGGAGAGUCCUAGCACCACUGUCACCGAGCAGAGCGAACACCCGACUCCUGAUGGUCGAGUUGAAAUCGACCCGUCCAUCAUGAUUCCCACCUUGGCACUAUUCGACCCUCAGCCCGAACACUCAUCCCCUUAUGAGCGCGACUUGGAUAGCUGGAAUGCCAGCCCGUCAGACCAGAACGGGACUCUCGGACUGCAAUGGUUCUCUCCUGUCCCCACUCCCAUGGCCUACCCGAAGAUCGCACGUCGAUUCAAGAACCUUUCCAAAUCCCCCUCCACGUCAAAAAUACGCAAGACUAAUGAGCGACCGCCGACAUCCACACAAAGUCGCAGUCGUCGAGGGAGAAGUGGGAAAAGUGGAAACAGCAGUUGUAACGAAACACCACGGACGUUUGUCUGCAGCUUCGCGCCUUACGGAUGCGAGAGUACAUUUGUUUCAAAAAAUGAAUGGAAGAGGCAUGUCACCUCGAAACAUUUACAACUUGGCUUUUACCGCUGCGACGUGGGCAAAUGCAGCGUGAGCACCCACCAGAUUGGCCUAGAUAACUUCGUGGCACCCUCUCCAUCUCCGAAAUCUGCGGGCUGCAUCCCAUUCCCAGGUCAACCCAACGACUUUAAUCGCAAGGACCUGUUUACUCAGCACCUGCGCCGAAUGCACGCUCCCUGGCUCAAAUCCGGUCGACGACGAGCUAGUACAGAAGCCGAGCACGCAGCCUUUGAGGAAAGCUUAGAUCAUAUUCGCCUACGCUGUUGGUACAGUCUACGCCUACCACCGCAUCAAAGCCACUGCGGCUUCUGCCGAGAGUCAUUUGUCGGCGAAGGAAGCUGGGACGCGCGGAUGGAGCACGUCGGGCGACACUUUGAGCGCGAUGAUCAUCUAGGCGAGGAGCUCGAAGACCUAUCGUUACGUGACUGGGGACUUCGCGAGGGAAUCUUGACUCUUACGGCGGGCAAAUGCCGACUGGCGUUCACGACUACUUCUAGUACGACAUAA